CUUCGCUGUACGUAUCCCCUGAGCUCCUAAUGGGUCAUUUCUGUUCCACCCUGUGUUACCUAGUGAUUCACACGCGUUGGACACUCAUUAGGAGCAGGUCGUGCUGAUUUUGACCUAAAGAUUGAUUGAUGAUAAUGAUGAUGAUGAUGAUGAUGAUGAUGAUGAUGAUGCUACUAGCAUGGUAUUAGUUGAUGGCUAGUUUCCCAGCGGAAGAUUCGUGACGAUCUCGACGUCGUCGCUCCGACCUGUUUGUGUGCGUAUGUCUUUGUUGGAGAGACAAAACUUAAUCCAAGACGCGGGGAUCUGAUACAAGAAGUGUCCAACAUCCCAGUCCAGUGCAUUGAAAGUGGUCAAGCGGCUUUUCCGCUCCUCGGUCUCCUUGUGUGAGAGUGGCGAGAAAUUCAAAACCGACCGACCCUCACCAGCCAGCAUCGUCAUGUCAUCUCCUCCCGCACAGUGACACUUUGGGGGUGAUCGUUUGAUUUGUUUGAUUUAUCUACGAGCACUUGGAGCAACGAACUCACCCAGAGCGAGUGGCCCCGAUUAUCAUUCCGUGUGGCCCGCACUCCCUCAUUUCUGCCCACAACACAACCUGUUUCGCCCGCCUUCAUAUCAUCAUGUCGUCUUCGUCCGUCUCCCCCGCAGUCAACAGAAAGGGGUCAUCGCCGAGUGGCCACUCGAAACCCUCUUCUUCGUCCCCUUCUAACAUGGGUACCAAUCAGGGAUCAGGAGGGCACAAAGACAAGGAGGACUUGUCCCCGGCCUUGGGAUCAUCUCCGGGAAGUGCGGCCGCUGGACCUUCGGGGACUCAUAACUCGCACAGCCAAGAUUCGGACCUGUUUUCCUUCCUUAGUGCAAUGCACUUGAGCAACGGCGGCGCGAGUGGCAUGAUGGGAGUCCCCUCCGUGUCUAUUCUGGCCAAUCGCAAGCGAAAGUUCUUGGAGCAAGGUGGUGCUUUGGGUGGGGGCAAACAUAACGUCAAUAUGCGACCUCCAUACUUGCGACGCGGUUCCAAUGAUGAUGAUGAGAACGAGUUCGCUCUCCAUACCCCACAAUGCAGUCAAUCGGGAUAUGCCGAUGAAGAGGAUCAUCACCAUCAUCAGUUCAGUGAAGGGGGUCACUUAGGGGCCUCCGGGCACCAUUCCACCCAUCAUCGGAAAAUCCCGCUCUCGCCCAGCAACGCUCAAAUCAUUUCAGACAUUGACGAUAAUUUGGCCACCAAUUUCGAAGACAGUCUUUCAGGCCUGGGCGUGGACAUAUCCAGUGCAAAUUACUCCAUGAGUGAGGCUCUACUGGCAUUGCCCAAUCUCAGCAUCAGUAGCAGCCAUAUCUUCAAGGGUGAUCAUCACGGCGAUCAUAGUCCACCAGGACGUUUCAAAGAAGAGCCGGGCUCAGGGUCCAACAGCCGAGCCCCUCAAAAUUUUGGCGCUUUGGACUUGUCCAACGACGAAGCUCAUUUGCCGGAUAGUCCAGAUGACAGUGAGAUCGUCGUGAAUGGACCCAAAACCUUCACGGGUUCAGUCUCACGCGACGGAUCCCGAGAUGGCACUCCUCACGGUGUCUUGAAAACUGAAGGUGUUGUUGACAAGAACAUCAGUGCUUUUGGCAAGUUCGCCGCUCAAAACUGCACUGUCUUGGCAGGUGGUGGGUCCAACUCAAGUUCCGGAUCCAAUCUCAGUAGUUCGAAUCCAAAUCUUGCAGCUUCAAGUUUGCUAUCGCAAAGACUGCCCAGCGCGACCAAGAGCUCCCUGGAGCGACGAAACAGCACCUCGGGUCGAAGUCAGAAGGUCAUUUUGCCACUGCAAACCACCAAGUUCACAGGGACGAUUCCCAAUCCGGCCAUGGCAGCCUCCAAUGGGGUGGUCACCUCAGUGUCCUCGUCCAACAUCCACGUUACCAAGAUUGAAAAAUUCGAGAACCUGAACGACACCAUGGCCCAAGGAGAAGAUUUGAAUCGAUUUCAGUACAUUCUAGCGGCGUCCACGUCCCUUGCCACUAAACUCAACGAGCCGUCCAUCACCUAUCUGAACCAGGGUCAAGCCUACGAAUUGAGGCUGAAGAAACUGGGGGAUUUAUCCGCAUUCAGACGCAAGAACCUCAAAUGUGUGAUGCGUAUUUGCUUCCACGAACGUCGACUCCAGUACAUGGAGGCCGAACAGAUCUUGGAAUGGAAGAACUCUCAUCCCGGGGAGCGCAUCCUCGAGAUCGAUUUACCGUUGAGCUUUGGAGCCAUCGAACCCGAGCAGGAGUCCAUGCAACUCAAUGCGGUUAGCUUCAAAUGGGAUCCGACUCGCGAGACCGGGAUCUUUAUCAAAGUGAAUUGCAUCAGCACCGAGUUCACCCCCAAAAAGCACGGUGGAGAGAAGGGCGUGCCGUUCCGACUGCAAGUGGAGACGUUUGACCCGGAAGGCGACGUCCGACUCCACGCUGCUGGCUGCAUCCUCCAAGUGUUCAAACUGAAAGGGGCGGACCGUAAGCACAAACAGGAUCGAGAUAAAAUCAAUAAGCGCCCACAAACUGAGCAAGAGAAAUUUGCACCCUCGUAUGACUGCACCGUGCUCAACGAGCUGAGUGUGGAGAAUAUCUACGUCCCUCCGUCCUCGGCCUCUCGAUCCGCUUCUCCCACUGGCACUGUCAAUAUGAAAGAAGGCUCUGGCCCGCCUUCCAACUCCAUAUUGGCCGGCGAACCGUCCCCUUCAGAAAUGACCGAGACGCAAGCCGAAUGCUUGGAAGGGGCUUCCACGUCAGUGGAUAAAACCUCUCAUUGCAAGAACGCGCUCUCCGUGCACGCCUCUUGUGAGGGCGUAAUGCAAUGGCUCAGCAAGAAUCGGUACAGCAAUUAUAUCGGGAAUUUCAAAAACUUCAACGGUCGAGAUAUGAUGCGGUUAAUGCGAGAAGAGCUCAUGGAUAUUUGCGGCACCACAGAGGGCAUUCGUCUCUUCAACGACUUGCACAUGACUCCUGUCGCUCCUCGGACUUCACUGUAUGUGGCUGAGAAAGGAUCCAACGAAUAUCACGCCCUUUUCUUGGAGGAAUUGACUGUCCGGGAAAUGAUGCUCCGAUUUUGCAACAUGAUCGGUGUGGAUUAUAACGUGUUUGCUAAGGCCUCCCUUUUAGGUCCCCGUGGGAUCUUGGUGGGCUUAACAGACUCGCUUAUCGAGUACUUCAAACCAGAAACGGUAAUGCAUUUUACAAUCCGGACCAAUGAUCGCGAGUGUGAGGUGAUCUUUGAAAACGUCACGGGAUCUUUAGACAGAAUGGGCAAACGCGAUCUCUAUUACAACGGGUCCUCGGCAUUGCCAGAGGGGGAAUACGGUUUGCGUGGGUCCACCCUAAUCCAUUCUUCCGCCUUGAGUCAACUUCAUCACCUUUCGUCGCAGUCCAGCUCGAGCAACCCUCAGCAGCACCUCUCUCAUCAACAAUCUGCUCCUCCGACUUCAUCGGCGUCCUCGACGUCUAAUUCGCACAAGUGAUAGGAAAUUGGAUCCCGAAUCAAGCGUAUUUCAGUGUUGUUUGCGCCUCUAUGGUGGUCUACGGUACGUUCGUUCUGGCUUCUUUCCCAAGAUUUUCUCGUGAACACGGAUGCAAUUGCCUUCGGAUGGAAGCAAGCAAAUGGAUUCUUUACUCUACGUACUAUUUUGCCCAAAACUUAUACUCCCAUUACACAUAUUUUUGCGACGGCACCCUAUUGAACUGUACUGUGUCCAAUAUAUCCACAACUGUGAACUACAAUGUGAAAGUACAAUAUUUCAACCAAGA